GUCGUAGCUGGUCUCAAAUACUAUCUGAGGAUUGAAGUGACUCAGCCCGAUGGUACGAGUAGGAUGUUUGACUCAGUUGUGGUGGUUCAACCAUGGCUCCAUUCUAAGACGUUGCUCCGUUUCACUCCUGUUGCUACUCCUAUCUACUAA